AAUUAAUGGUGAUGAUGUUAUAAAAGCUUUCAUUAAUGAGCUGGAAUUACAUCUAAAAGUUCAUUUUCAUAAUAAUAUCUUACGUUUUCACGGGUUUUGCAAGGAAGGCAACACGAAUUACACCCUGAUCAUCGAAUAUGCCGACGGUGGUACCCUUCGCGAAGAAUUACAAAAUUCUGAUAAUCCUUUGGCCUCGUCUACAAGGGAGAACUCCAAUGGUUCGGUUGUGAUUUCCACUGAAGAGAAUCAGCUAAGUGACACCGCCUCUAAAAUUCAUGGUGAUGACUCAUCGGUCCCAAUUUCGACGGUCACUCAUGUCUCGAGAAGUAGCUCUUUUCAUAUGUCCUUAAUAGCCAACACGGAAUUUUAUAGAGGAAUUCUUUCAUCUAUCAAUGAAGAUCCCUUAACUACACACACAACUAAUGAUCUUGAAAGUUCAAGAAACAGCGCUCCUAUUCGUAGUAUAAGUCUCGUGGAAGACAGAUUGAUUUUACCCUUAGCAGAAGUUCAUGAUUCCUCGAGGAACGAUGAAUUUUCCAAAAAUUCAAACGAUCUGGCAAAUAACGUAACCAAUAACGAGUCAUCAAUGAAAGACCGUGAGGUUUCGAGGAAUAAUAUUAGCUGCGCUAUGAAUGAGCCUGAUUUCACGAUUGAUACCAUUGCCGACAACGUUGUGGAAUCGGAAAUUUCCGGAGAUGUCCUUCAAAACAUUUCCAACGACGAUUACGCUAACAUAUUUAGCCAAAUAGAAUUCAAACACGAAGUUUUUCAUUUUCCUGAUGGCAAACACGAAGUUGCAAUUGAAACGUAUCCUAAAAACAGCGUCGUGUUACAUCUCAACGCGCAUGGUUGCAAAGAUGUUUUAAAUCUAACAGAUGUUUCCAUUGAUAAUAAUUUCUUAAGAUUCAGUUUGUGCCGUACCGUCACUUGUCGGGUUUUAAAAGGAAGGCUUUUGCCCGCAACGGUGCAAAAUAUUGUAUCCGAUAUAUCUGCAUUGGUCGGAUUGAGCAAGGGUCCAGAGCCUUCUUUAAUGAAAUUUGAUCCUGUAAAAAAUGUGAAGCUUAUAAUUCUGGAUGGCGAAAGUUCUCGCUUUCGGUUUAAUGUUCCCGUAGGCUUAUCAUUCAAAUUUAGAAAAUUUAGUCAAAACAAGAUUCUAUUCGAAUUAAUUCAUAAUGAAAUUAGCAAGAAAUUCUUUAAGAGAAUACAAGAAGAGGUGGUUUCCAGGAUGAUAACUAAAAUUGUAGAUACUUCUUUGGAAGAUGAUUCCUUUCUUUAUACUCGUUUUAUUCACUUUGCUAAUCAAAUAUAUAGAGAUAGUAGGGAGGAUGUUAGGAGAAUGAUCUUAGAUAUGUUGGCCAGAGAUCAUGUCCAAGAGUUAGAGAAAAAUACUCAUGAUUACUUGUCACUUUUUUUCGGUGAAGAAAUAAUUUAUUUACGACAGGAAGGAGAGGAGGAACCCGACAAGGUUUCUGCAUUCGAAGUGAUUUCCCAAUGUUUCCCAGGGAAUAACAAAAAUUUGAUCGUCAAGAAUGUUCUUGAUAGAGAACAAAAUCAAGUUUGGAUCUUAGAUUCGAUCGCCACUCCCUCGGGCGAAUAG